AUGACAUCUUGCCUCUCAUUGCUCGAUCUUCCAUAUAGAGUCAUUCUAUUGCUCUUUGACUAUUUGGACAACUUGGAUGGAAUAUGUCUUGUGCUCAGCUGCUCAUGUCUCUACGCUCAAAGAGAUAGUCUUCUGAGGUUUGACAUCAGCUCAAUGUAUAUUGAAGGUUGCUACACAAACAAGAGCGAAGAUAUCAGACAUGUAACAUGUCUCAAUAGCUUCCUCCACUCAAUUGAUCGAUCUCUGAGCAACAUUAACAUUAACAUUGAGGUUCGCACGAGUGACGAUGUAGAGUGGCUGCAGUCGCACUCCAAUGGCAAUUACAACAUCAGCAAGCUCACGAUCGUUGGUGAGCAACCAUCCCUCAUACCGCCAACUGUGACAUCGCUCAACUGCCACUUGGAUUUUGUUGGUGAUGUUUCAUCAUCAUCAUCAGUGACUGAGCUCAUUGUCUUUGGAGAUGGACUGCCAGUCGAUAUUCCAUCAUCAAUCACAACUCUCGAUAUCAGCAAUUGCCGUGCCGGCGUUACAGAUACCUUUGAGAUACCCUCAACAGUCUCAACGCUGACGGUCUACGCGAGCCAAUUCAGUCCGCUCUCGCUUCCUCACUCCAUCACAACUUUGGACCUUCAUGCAUAUUAUUGUUAUCUUGGCUAUGGGGUCAUUCCAGACUCUGUGACCAAGCUCACGCUGCGAGAAUACGACUAUGACCUGCAGGCAGGCGACCUCCCUCAAUCGAUCAAGUAUCUCAAUCUUUACUUUUACAACAACUCGCUAGAAAUUGGAUCUAUCCCAGAUGGCGUCGAGUGUCUCAUUACCAACAACUUUAAUCGACCUCUGGAAGAGGGAGUAAUCCCUCACUCAGUGACAAGGUUGGAGUUUGGCAAAGAAUUUGAUCAAGAACUGUAUCCUGGAGCAAUCCCGGAGUCGGUGUCACACCUCAGAUUUGGCGACCGGUUCCGGCAUUGCACGCGCUCACUCGCCUGUCUCCCGCCAUCGGUGGUUCAUCUCUGUCUUGGUGACCAUCGUCUCACGCCGGGAAAUAUUCCUGCCUCCAUCACUGAGCUCGUCCUUGGUGGAUUCUACGACAGGCCAUUCGAUCACAAUGCAAUCCCUCCCACUGUUACCUCUUUGACAAUUGGAAGAAAGUUCUUUACUAAUGACAUUGACAAUCUUCCAUCAACGCUCAAGACCUUUCGGUACGAUGGCGGGACCGUGCUGGGCAGACAUCUCCUUCAUCUCACCAACUUGGGUAUCGGCGAUGUCCGCAUCGACAACAUUGACCGCACGCAUCCAUCUCUUGGGAUUGACCAUCCUCUCGACCCGACCAGUCACACAACGUUCAACAUCCUUCGCUUCGCCACACUUUCCUCACGAGUGACGGUCAACUAUUAUAAUGUACACUCGCAGAUCAGAUUUGCCAUCAGAUUCCUAUACAACGAUGUGGCGCUUUUCUUGGCAGACUCGCUUGUUGGCGGCUUCAUUCCAGUGUCAAAGUUGAUGGCACAUGAUUUUGAAGUCACCUCGCUGACGCAUCGAUUAAAGCUUGGCAGGCAUUACAAACAUAUUGAUAAUCCAGAGGACCCCGAUGGCGAUCGAGAUGAAGAAUAUCGGACCAUGGCAGAAACCUUUGGUCAACAACAGGUGAAAUCACUAUGUGGCAGUUCUUCUGAGCACGACGAUCAAUAA